UCCGCCGCCCCUUUGUUUGCCGGGCGCGGGGAACCGACAGUUAUAUUUAGGCGGCAGGUGUGGGAGCCACAACAAGCCAGGUCGCCAGCCGGUCACCGGCCACCCCGCCCCACGUGAUGCCCGGGCGCUAUAAAUAGCCCCCGGCCGCUCGCCCGGGGAGCCUCCGCGGGGAGCCAGCGCCCCGCACCGUGGGUCUCCCGGCCGCGGCCCGGUUUGGCCCCGAGCGGAUGGAGGCAGCGGCAGGACGCCCGCACUCUCCGGCGCUGCCCGCUGCUGACCGGCCUGGGAUUCAUGGCGAGGGCCUCCGGCGGCAGCCCUGAGCGCUGCCACACCCAGCGUCGCCUCGCCUGCCGCUGAGGGCGCCCCCGUGCCCGCGCCUCCGGCCCGCGCCAUCGCCCUCGCCCGCCGAUGGCCUCCGCCCGGCCCAGGGCCACCUGAGCCCCCCGCGCCCUGCCAGGACUCGCCGUGCCCCGAUGGGGUGACGUGAGGCAGGCCCACGCGUCGGAGCCGCCCGCGACCUCCGCCCCAGGGGGGCCCCUUCGGCUUGGUUGCAGUGUGCGUGUGCUUUCCCUUCGGUCCUCGGGGGCUCGGCCGCCCGACGGAGGGGCCGCCCGCCGGCCCGCCCACCGAUGCAGAGAGGACGCCCCCGGCAGCCGGCGCAGCGUGGGACGCGGCUGCGGCGGCCGGACUGACGCGGGGCUUUUACACGUUUUCCUUCCGGAGUUUCUUUCUCCGUCACUGUUUUCACGUUCGCCUUUUUGUAAUUAAUUGUUUGUAACUGAUUGCUCGUCUGUGAGAAGCAGGGGCCCGGACGGGCCCGUUAGACUUCUGGGGGCUUUUUCCUCUUUCUUUUGUACGGACUUGGGUUUUCUUUUUUAGCCAUCCUGCCCCUCCCGAGUAUCUGCACAAUAUUUGUGCCGGGGGCGGGGGCGGGUUUUUUAAAAAGCGUUUUUCUCUCUCGGACAAGCACAGGGACCCCGUUCUUGGGUUGUGGGGGGUUGGGACUCCUCCCGCCCGCGCCCCCAGCCCGCCCGGGGAGCAGCCAUGGCCCGCAUGAACCGGCCGGCCCCCGUGGAGGUGAGCUACAAGAACAUGCGGUUCCUCAUCACGCACAACCCCACCGACGCCACCCUCAGCAGCUUCGUGGAGGACCUGAAGAAGUACGGGGCCACCACCGUGGUGCGGGUGUGCGAGGUGACCUACGACAAGGCCCUGCUGGAGAAGGACGGCAUCACCGUCGUGGACUGGCCGUUUGACGACGGGGCGCCGCCGCCCGGCAAGGUGGUGGAGGACUGGCUGAGCCUGCUGAAGGCCAAGUUCUGCGAUGACCCCGGCAGCUGCGUGGCCGUGCACUGCGUGGCCGGCCUGGGACGGGCUCCUGUCCUCGUGGCCCUGGCCCUCAUUGAGAGCGGGAUGAAGUAUGAAGACGCCAUCCAGUUCAUUCGACAGAAGCGGCGCGGAGCCAUCAACAGCAAGCAGCUCACCUACUUGGAGAAGUACCGGCCCAGACAGAGACUGCGGUUCAAAGACGCGCACACGCACAAGGCCCGGUGCUGUGUCAUGUAGCCCGGGCGCCGGGGCCGGGGCCGCCCGCCCCGCCCCCCCAGCAGCUCCCCGCGCCCCCGCCUCCCGCCCCGCUCCGCCCAGGCACCCUCGGGGGCCUCUCUCUCCGCCCGUCUGUCCCCGUGUCCGUCUGCCUGUCUGCCCCUUUUUAGGCCGACCUCUCCCUCUGUCUCCUGUCCGCCCUGUGUCUGUCUGUCUGUCCGGGGCCCCGGCCUCUCUGCCACCACCCUCCCUGCCCGGCUCUCUUCUCCGGCGUGUUGUUGGAGGCGGGCGUGCUUGUUAACCACCGGGCCCUCCCCUCCCCCACAGCCCCUGCGAGCCCUGACCCGCUCUCAGCCCCUGAAACCACUGGGUCUGAGGCGGCCAGUGGUUCUGGACACUCGAAGGCAAUAAACCAGGACCCUGUGGCCGUGU